AUGCCUCUUCCUGCUCAACUCGCAUACCAAUACAAGAAGUCAUCGGUCAUAGCCGAGAGCGCCCCAACGCACGCCAAAGCUAUAGAGAUCGCACGGCGCGAGUUUACGCAACUGCGAGACGUGGAAGACGAGCGCAUACAACUCAAGAUGUACGUCAAGCGCAGCGCCACAGGCUACGACGCCGGGCCCAAACGAUCUCGCAUCAGCCCUCACAACUGGGAGACGUUCUUUCAGAUGACGGAUUGCAGCGCCGAUAAAGCUGUAACGACUUUGUUCAUUGAGGUUGAUAAGCUUCAGGGGAGGAGCUGGGCGGAGAGACUGGGCUUUACCAAGGAGAGGAAGGCAAGCGGGGAGGAGAAGCGGAAGGACGUUGCCGGUGAAGGAGGCGCGAACUUGCCCGUGUACUCGAAGACGGAGACUUGA